GCGAAUUCGUUGAGAAGCCAGUCAUUUCAUUCACGUGGUGGUAGCUGCACGUACAAUAUGAAAAUAAUAGUGUUUAUGUUAUUUUGUAUAGCGUAUACUUACGCUGACGCGGACUUUAGUGGUAGAGCAAGAAAUUUUAGCAUAGAACUACUACAUUAUACACAAUUGGAAUCAGAUGGACAUGUAGUCAUAUCACCGUUUGGUAUAUGGAGUUUGAUGACUGGUGUUGCCUUAGGGGCCACCGGGAAUAGCAGAGCUCAACUCUCUCACGCAUUCUUCCUGCCGAGAAGUCAAAAGACCAUCAUAAGUGGAUACAAGAACUUAACAUCGAUAGUACUGGACCCCAAAUCGUCAGAUGUCUCGCUCACAAGCAGGAACUUCAUGUUUCUAGACAAGGGUUUCACGAUAUAUCCGGACUUCCAGAAAAUUAUCACCACAGAUUUCAACGCUAUGGUGAUCAAUCUGAACUUCACAGAUUCAACGGACGCAGCUCGUGCUGCUAACACUAUCAUUAACGAUUCUGGUGCCUCAGUAUCCAACGUGCUAAGAUCAGAUGACUUCAUGAAUUCAAGAAUGAUUCUCACCAACGUGAUCACUUUCAAAGGACUGUGGCAAUCGCCAUUCAACAAAUCGGAAACAACUCUCGAACCUUUUUUCGAUGAGAACAGAAACGAAAUCGGCAAAGUGAAUAUGAUGUACCAAAGAGGGCAACUACCUUUCUCCAGCUUACAGUCAUUGAAUUCGCUCGUUAUGGAAUUGCCAUAUGGAAAGGAUGACAAAUACUGCAUGUUGAUCAUUCUACCUCAUCUCAAAACAAAGGUAACGGAAGUGUAUCAGAAAUUCGAAACGAUAACAUUUAAGGACAUUUUUGGCAGACUGCAAUCGGACGUCGAGAGAUUCGGUUUGGAAGACAUCGAUAUCAAAUUACCAAGGUUCAAGAUAAGCACGAAUGUUGUGCUGAAUCGGCCGCUCAACAGCAUGGGGGUGACUGAUAUAUUUGAGCCUACGUUGGCGAGUUUUCAAAAGGUUUCCCGUGAGAAUAUUUACGUUUCCGCGAUCGUGCAUAAAGCAGAUAUAGAGGUCACGGAGUCUGGCACAGUUGCGUCAGCAGCCAGCAGUGCAUUCUUUGCUGAUCGCAUAUCAACACCAACGUUCAAUGCGAACAGACCAUUCAUAUACUUUGUUAUGGAGAAACCAACAGCUACUGUAAUCUUCAGUGGAAUAUACGCGAAACCAUCAGUGUUUUGAAGGGACUAGCAUUUAUAUCGUGACAGUAUUUUAUGUGAACUAUGUACAAAACGGUAUAGAGUAUCCUACCAUACCUAAGUCGAUAACAUGUAUUUAUUUAUUCUGGGUUUUUACGUGUGUGUUAAAACUGGUAUCGUGUGUGGUUAAACAAGCUUGGAUCCUUAUUAUUGUCCAUUUGAAUUCCUUAAAUUUUCCUCUUAUUUUGUGUGCAAAGUGCGUUGUAACAUCGUUGUGAAUGCCCGGAAAUAAACGUUUAUGACAUAAUGGUAAACUGUUUUUGUUGGUAAAUCAGUCGACUCUACAAAUUAACAGUUACAUGCCAAAUUUUGAUGAUUUUGUUCAGAUUUCAAAAUGAGUACAUCCUAAUAUUAUAGAGACGCAAAGAAAUAUUAUUGAGGUAGAAUAAUAUAUAAUUUGUGACUUGUAAAGUGUAGGGGUUCAUUGUACGAAUAAUUUUAAACCAUAUUAUCAAGUUGAAAACAUCCAAGAUAUGAAAAAAAAACUUGUUUAAAACAAGUGAUAAUAUUUUAAGCAAAUUAUUGUUAAUGAAAUCGUGAUAAAGAAAUAAAAUAAAAUAAUUUUUUAUACAUCUA